GCUCCACACACGCCACCUGCAGAGUCACAGAGAUAACACAAGGUCACAACUCGCAAGCAGCACUGGACGCAGGAGUCCACUGUGUCACCCCCGUGCGUGUGCGACUGUGUGUAAGAAGAGAGGAAGAGAGAGAGAUAGAGAGACGAUGAAGGUUGACGUGGUGGAGACGACGCUGGUGGCGCCGAGCGAGGAGACGCCGCGGCGGGAGCUAUGGCUGUCCAACCUCGACCUUGCCGUGCCCAAGACGCACACGCCGCUCGUCUACUACUACCCGGCGCCGGCGUCCCCGGCGGCGGACGGCACCGCAGGAGAGGACUUUUUCGCUCCAGAGCGGCUCAAGGAGGCGCUGUCCAAGGCGCUGGUGCCGUUCUACCCGCUGGCUGGGCGGCUCGGCGUGGGCGAGGGCGGGCGGCUGCAGAUCGACUGCAACGGCGAGGGCGCGCUCUUCGUCGUCGCCAGGGCGGACUUGGCCGGCGAUGAGCUCUUCCAGGACUACGAGCCGUCUCCGGAGGUCAGGCGGAUGUUCGUGCCGUUCGCGCCGUCCGGCGAGCCGCCCUGCGUCAUGGCCAUGUUUCAGGUGACGUUCCUCAAGUGCGGCGGCGUGGUGCUGGGCACGGGCAUCCACCACGUGACCAUGGACGGCAUUGGCGCGUUCCACUUCAUCCAGACGUGGACGGGGCUGGCCCGCGGCCUCGACGCUGCCGAGGCGUGCGGGUCGCUGCCGUUCCACGACCGGACCCUCCUCCGCGCGCGCUCCCCGCCGACCCCGUCCUUCGACCACCCCGUGUACUCGCCGGCCCUGCUCAACGGCCGGCCCCGCGCCUUCGUGACCCGCGUCUACUCCGUCUCCCCCAAGCUCCUCGCCGACCUCAAGUCCCGCUGCGCGCCCGGCGUGUCCACCUAUUGCGCCGUCACCGCGCACCUCUGGCGCUGCAUGUGCGUCGCGCGCGGGCUCGCCCCGGACUCGGACACGCGGCUCCGCGUGCCGGCCAACGUGCGCCACCGCCUGCACCCCCCGCUCCCGCGCAGCUACUUCGGCAACGCCAUCGUGCGCGACCUCGUUACCACCCGGGUCGAGGACGUCCUGGCCCGCCCCCUGGGUUUCGUGGCGCAGACGAUCAAGGACGCCGUGGACCGCGUGGACGACGCGUACGUGCGGUCCGUGGUGGACUACCUGGAGGUGGAGUCGGAGAAGGGCAGCCAGGCGGCGCGCGGGCAGCUCAUGCCGGAGUCGGACCUGUGGGUGGUGAGCUGGCUGGGGAUGCCCAUGUACGACGCCGACUUUGGCUGGGGCACGCCGCGGUUCGUGGCGCCGGCGCAGAUGUUCGGCAGCGGCACGGCGUACGUGACGCAGCGCGCCAACAGGGAUGACGGCAUUGCUGUGCUCUUUGGGCUGGAGCCCGAGUACCUGCAGUGCUUCGAGAAGGUCUUCUACGGGGAGUGAGAUCAUCGCUACUGGCGUCUAGUAGUUGAGCUUUCGUAUCGAGUGUUUAUUAUUCAGUUUGGAGUUUGAGGAUGUGCAUGUCUGCAGCUAAAUUAUAUUCAAACAGCUUUUCUUGUGUUUC